UCGUUACCGCUGCGCGUAUUUCAGAUGGUGGCGAGUGGGCGCUGAUGGGGGACGAAAAGGACACCUGGAAAGUAAAAACUCUUGAUGAAAUCCUACUAGAGAAAAAACGCAGAAGAGAAUUAGAGGAGAAAACAGACCCUAAGCGCCAUAAAAAUUUCACUCAAGGCCUUGUUCCGCAGGCGAAUGAUCGGGAAACCAAACGAGACACUCCGGAGGAAGGAGAACUACGAGAUCAAAGGAUGGAAAUAACAAUUCGUAAUUCUCCAUAUGCUCGGGAAGAUUCAGUAGAGGACAGAGGAGAAGAAGAUGAAUCACUAGCAAUUAAGCCUCCUCAGCAGGUAGCAAGGAAGGAGAAAUCUCACCACAGAAAAGAGGAGAAGAGAAAAGAUAAGAGACGUCAUCGCAGUCACUCUAACGAAGGGGGGGGGAAGCACUCUCGAGUCAAAGACAAAGAAAAAGAGAGAGAGAGUGAUCGAAGGAAGCGUCAGUGGGAAGAGGACAAAGCCCGGCGAGACUGGGAGAGGCAGAAACGAAGGGAACAGGCCAGAGCUCAUUCACGUAGAGAGAGUAUUCCAUUUAUACACAGGGACCGGCUUGAGCAGUUGGAGCGCCAGCGGGAACGGGACCGAAAGCUUCGUGAGCAGCAAAAGGACCACCGGGACAUUAAGGACAGGGAGAGAAGAGCUGAUGAGCGGCGCAAAGACAGAGGGACGCGACGAGAAGUGCCGACUCAUCAUCGAAUGCUACCAGACGAUUAUGAUGACAAGCUAAAACAAAGUCACCGCAGUCGUAGUCCCACUCGCCUUCCUCGGGACAGGUCAGACCACGGGGAACCACGGAAAAGCGCAACCUCAAAGGAAGAGAGACCAGACAUCAAAGACCUGCUUGCAGACCUCCAGGACAUCAGUGACACUGAGAGGAAGACCAGCACUGCAGAAUCCUCGAUUGCAUCAGGAUCGGGCUCAGAAGAAGAGGAGGAUGACGAAGAAGAAGAGGAGUCCAGCAGCCAGAGUGAGGCGGAGGAGGGAGAAGAAGAGGAGGAAUCUGUUUCAGCCUCAGCACCGUCUGAGCAGAGUGCCGAGGAUGUGAGUGAGGACGAACAGUCAGAGGAAGACUUCGAAGAGGAGAGGGAAAACGGAAACCACAUAGCUGUAGGGUCACGGGGGUCAACCGGAGCCUAUCCCAGCUCAGUACAGGGGAGCGGCAGGGGUACACCCGUGACAGGGCGCCAGUCUGUCACAGGGCUUCUGAGUCCUCAUGAUCAAUCAUAUAUAAUAAUGCCGGAAUCCCGCUUUGACCACGAUUCAGAGGAAAGCGGUGAAGACAUGGAUGAAGAGGAUGAGGAAGAGGAUGAAGGGGCAGAUGCCGAUCCCACCCCACAGUCUCAAACUCACUCACGCUCCCCCACACCUGAGGAGAACUACAUCCCAGACUCUCCCCCGAUAUCACCUGUCGAACUGAAGAAAGAGCUGCCCAAGUACCUGCCAGCUUUACAGGGAUGCCGCAGCGUUGAAGAAUUUCAGUGUCUAAACCGAAUAGAGGAGGGAACGUAUGGUGUGGUGUACCGAGCCAAAGACAAAAAGACUGAUGAGAUUGUUGCCUUGAAACGGCUGAAGAUGGAGAAGGAGAAGGAAGGCUUUCCCAUCACAUCUUUGAGAGAGAUCAAUACCAUUCUGAAAGCUCAGCAUCCAAACAUCGUCACAGUGAGGGAAAUAGUCGUUGGAAGCAACAUGGACAAAAUCUACAUUGUGAUGAAUUAUGUAGAACAUGAUCUGAAGAGCCUGAUGGAAACCAUGAAGCAGCCUUUCUUGCCAGGGGAAGUAAAGACCCUGAUGAUUCAGCUUCUUCGUGGCGUCCGACAUCUCCACGACAACUGGAUUCUGCAUCGUGAUCUGAAGACGUCCAAUCUGUUACUGAGCCAUAAGGGCAUCCUCAAGAUUGGUGACUUUGGCUUGGCGCGAGAGUACGGUUCUCCCCUGAAACCGUACACCCCUGUUGUGGUGACCCUGUGGUACCGAUCGCCAGAGCUGCUGCUCGGAGCCAAGGAGUACUCCACAGCUGUGGACAUGUGGUCAGUGGGCUGCAUAUUUGGCGAACUCCUUACCCAGAAACCUCUUUUCCCUGGAAAAUCUGAAAUUGACCAAAUUAACAAGAUUUUCAAGGAUCUCGGGUCGCCCAGUGAGAAGAUCUGGCCCGGCUACAACGAGCUGCCCGCUGUGAAGAAGAUGACUUUUACAGAGUAUCCCUACAACAACCUGCGGAAGCGCUUCGGAGCGCUUCUCUCAGACCAAGGCUUUGACCUCAUGAACAAGUUCCUCACUUACUGCCCCAGCAAGAGGAUCCUGUCGGACGAGGGGCUCAAGCACGAGUACUUCAGAGAGACGCCGCUCCCCAUCGAACCCUCCAUGUUCCCCACCUGGCCGGCCAAGAGCGAGCAGCAGAGGGUGAAGAGAGGCACCAGUCCACGUCCACCCGAGGGAGGCCUGGCCUACAGUCACCUGGGCGAUGACGACCUGAAAGACACCGGUUUCCACUUGACGACCAGCAACCAGGGAGCAUCGGCAGUUGGCCCGGGAUUCAGCCUCAAAUUCUGAGGCCGUGGCUGCAGGACCGUUGGCCGCCUCGCAGAGAAGCACGGAGCGAAGAGGGCUCGGACUCGUUUGUCUGACGCCGGACAGUUUAGCUCUCUAGGCCAGACCAGAAUCGGAUCAGAAUCAACCGCCAUCAAAGUCAGGACUGUCUAACAGCAAGACUGUGACUCGAACUUGUUGAAUUUCUGCCUUUUUUUCUCUAUUUUUUCUUUUUUUUUAUAAGCCAUUUGAUCAUUUCAAAUGUGACGAUUUUAGCUCUUCAACAGGGGAAAACCCUAAACCCCAAACUUUUGUCCUUAUGUUGCAUUUGUCUUCAUAUACUUCAUAAGAGAGGACUGGAUCUUAUAAAUAGCUGGAUACCUGAGCUUUACUGUAUGAUGACGCAGCGUUAAAAGUACAUGUUCCAUCCAACACUGUCAGAGAUCUUGGUGGGAAUGCCAGCUCACAAAAUGACAGACUGUUUUUUUGUUAGAAAUAAAGUUUGAAACUUUG